AUGUCGCUUCGCGCGACGAAUCCACGCUUCGGCGCGCGCGUCGCGAGCGCGCGCGCGACGCUCGCGCGACGCCGCGCCCGUCCCGGUCGCGUCGACGUCGUCCCGCGCGCCGGCCCCAAGAAUCGCCUUCGCGAGAAAGAAGCCAAGAAACGAUCGUCCAGCGCGCGCGAUUACGAGCGCGAGAUGGACGAUUACGUCGAAAAGCACGUCGCGCCGGCGACGCGCGCGCUCGACGCCGCGCGCGCGCGUCCGGAGCGACGGAGCGACGCGCAACGAUUUAUCCGAAAAGUGCAGCGAAAAGUGAAAAAGGCGUCGCAAAAAGCCGUCGACGCGCUGCUGCCGCGCGACGCGGGCGCGUUCAGGCCGCGCGCGGACGUUCCGGCGCGCGUCGGCGCGCCCGGGACGUACGCGACGGUGUACAGGCCGCAGCGACCGAACCCGGCGUCGGCGUACGGGCGGGCGGCGGCGGCGUGGGGGACGCUGUUCGCGUGCGCGUGGAUCGCGCUCAAGGUCAUCAAUCGCGAGAACCCGCUUCGAGCGAUCGGGAGCGCGUUCAAGGGCGUGGGUCGUCGGGCGCCGCCGCCGGGGGCGACGGGACCGGGGCGGUGGGUCGGCGACCGCAGUCUCGGCGGGCGGCAGGUUUGGGUGCCGGCGACGGCGGAUCGGUUUCGGGACGAACGCAAACGUUUAGAGGGGGCUUUGGACGACGUUCCCGAAGACGCGAACGUAAAGCCGGGAUCCGCGACGAAGGCGCGGGGAAACGAGAAGAAAACGAGCGGCGCGGCGAAGGCGUUGCCGGCGUGGUGGACGCCGCCGUCGCCGCAGUACGUGCCGCCGGGACGCAAGGAGGCGCUGAUUCAAGUCGCGAAAGCGCAAGGAGCAACGCUCGCGGCGAAGCGAGUCAGCGGCGCGGGAUUCAGUGCGGAUGAUAUCGCCGAUUUUCGCGCCGCGUGCGCGGCGGCGGGCGAGCGAGGGUGCGCGGUAAAGUCGGUCGGACCGGAGAGCGCGCGAGUCGCCAUCUUUCGAGCCGCCGCUGAUUUCGCCGUCACGGACGCCAUGCGCGGCCAAGCGGGCGCGACGAGCGCAUUUAACACUCCUGUUGGACCAUUUUUAGUCGGUCUUUCGGAUGAUCUGAGCCUAGAUGCGCACAAGUGCGUCUCCAUCGUCAUGGCGGACGUCGCCGUUCGCGUGCGCGGCGCCGUCGUUCAAGCCGGAGCGGGACUUCGAAGUAACGACAGCGUCGCCACCAUGCUCGAGCUCAACAAGCUCGUUGACUUAUUCAACACGUUCCCUUUCACGCCAGACGCUCCGGAGCUAGACAUGCUCUCCGUGGGUUUGCGUUCGAGAUUGAGCGAAGACGAACGCCGUCGCAUUUGCGACGAAUUCGACGCCAUAAGUAACGGCGAACAUUCCGCCGUCGUCCGCGUCGCCGUGUGCGGUGCAUCCGACAGCGCGUACGAAUAG